GGAGAUAAACCAUAUGUAUGUAAACAAUGUGGGAAAGCUUUUAACACACGUACAAAUUGUAAGGUUCAUGAAAUAAUUCACACUGGAGAGAAACCAUAUGUGUGUAAGCAAUGUGGGAAAGCUUUUACCAGACCUGGACGUUGUAAGGCACAUGAAAGAAUUCACACUGGAGAGAAACCAUAUGUAUGUAAGCAAUGUGGGAAAGCUUUUACCAGACCUGAAUGUUGUAAGCAACAUGAAAGAAUUCACACAGGAGAUAAACCACAUGUAUGUAAGCAAUGUGGGAAAGCUUUUAACAUACGUGCAAGUUAUAAGGUUCAUGAAAGAAUUCACACUGGAGAGAAACCAUAUGUAUGUAAGCAAUGUGGGAAAGCUUUUAAAACACAGGGAGAUUGUAACUAUCAUGAAAGAAUUCACACUGGAGAGAAACCCUAUGUAUGUAAGGAAUGUGGGAAAGCUUUUACCAGACCUGGAUUUUGUAAGGAACAUGAAAGAAUUCACACUGGAGAGAAACCAUAUGUAUGUAAGCAAUGUGGGAAAGCUUUUAACACAUGGGGAUACAGUAAGCAGCAUGAAAGAAUUCACACUGGAGAGAAACCCUACGUAUGUAAGCAAUGUGGGAAAGCUUUUAACACACGUGCAAAUUGUAAGGUUCAUGAAAGAAUUCACACUGGAGAGAAACCCUAUGUAUGUAAGCAAUGUGGGAAAGCUUUUACCAGACCUGAUCGUUGUACGGAACAUGAAAGAAUUCACACUGGAGAGAAACCCGAUGUAUGUAAGCAAUGUGGGAAAGCUUUUACCAGACCUGAUCAUUGUAAGGAACAUGAAAGAAUUCACACUGGAGAGAAACUAUGUGCAUGUAAGCAAUGUGGGAAAGCUUUUAACACACGUGCACAUUGUAAGGUUCAUGAAAGAAUUCACACUGGAGAGAAACCCUAUGUAUGUAAGCAAUGUGGGAAAGCU